AUGAAUCUUGUGAAUUGCAACCAUGGCUUUGUUUUUAGGUUGAUAUUGUGAAUAUAUGUCAAAAGUGGGGCAUGGGUUCUGGAGGGUUUUACACGACAAGAGAACUUGAACGAUAUAUGAUGUGUUUUGGUCGAAAUUGGGACCCUGUACGUCUGCUCCGAGCCUCGGACCUCCAUCUUUGCCGAUUCAGCACCUAGUCCUCCGACCUCAAUCUUCUUCGGUGGCAUGUGACGACCCUGAACGUUGCCCCGAGCCUCGGACCUCCAUCUUUGCCGGUUCAGCUCCUAGUCCUCCGACCUCAAUCUUCUUCGGUGGCAUGUGACGACCCUGGACGUCUGCUCCGAGCCUCGGACCUCCAUCUUUGCCGAUUCAGCACCUAGUCCUCCGACCUCAAUCUUCUUCGGUGGCAUGUGACGACCCUGAACGUCUGCUUCGAGCCUCGGACCUCCAUCUUUGCCGAUUCAGCUCCUAGUCCUCCGACCUCAAUCUUCUUCGGUGGCAUGUGACGACCCUGAACGUCUGCUCCGAGCCUCGGACCUCCAUCUUUGCCGAUUCAGCUCCUAGUCCUCCGACUUCAAUCUUCUUCAGUGGCAUGUGACGACCUUGAAUGUCUGCUCCGAGCCUCCGACAAUUUCAUAAGAAUUAAAGUCUUAUACUGAGUGAUUUAUUUAUUGGUGCAUCCACCAUAUUUUUCCUAUUUCGUGCCAGAAGCUACUUUACCUCCAAUUGCUUGUACAUGACGUGGAUAUCUCUUGUUAAAUCAUACUGAUUACCACUUAUUCCUUUUCUUUUCCUUUCGGUUUUCGGUCUCCAAAUGAAGAUACGAAUAAAACAUUGGAAUUCUCAUGACGGGUUGGAUUUUCACUUGACUGUACACAUUGUUUGUCAUAUUAGUGAAAAUGUUGUUCCAGUGCUUGAUCGUCAAUUUGCUUAAGAUUCUUUCCCAUUUUACCGUGUCCAAAUAGCCAAGGAUUAAUUAAAGGGAUGGCUCAAUGUUUGCAAGUGUCAUAUGGUGGUGCUGAACUGUUGGGUGCUGUUUGCUGAAAUCAAAGAGGUUGUUUCAACCCUUUCAAGAAAGGCUUCCAAUUAUUCAAAGUUGCAGUACAUAGGAUUGUUUCGAGUUUGUAAUGUUUGCAAACUUUUUAAUGUUUUUUUUCAAAAGUACUUUCUAAAAUUUAAAGUGUUCAAAAUAUACACGUAAUAAAUUAGAAUUAUGUCAUCUACAGGUGUGAAAUGUCUUUGUUGAGGGCUGUGAGAGUUUACUCUACGCGUGCACGGAGAAGUUUCCAACAACUUAUUGCUUUGAACGAAGAUGAAAGGGCCAGAAGCCCCUUCACACAUUUUGACAAACCGAGAACCACGCUGUAUACGCGUGAGCAAGAUAUUUUGAUUGUGGGUGAUGGAGAUUUCUCCUUCACCCACAGUCUUCCCGCCAGAUUUGGGACAGCUCCAAGCAUUUUUUCCACGAGCCUUGAUCCUCAAUGGUUUUUAAAAAAGAACUACAGUCAAGCUGAAUAUCACUUGGCCAACUCUUUGGUAAGAGGGGUCAGAGGCAAGCUCGUGGUUGAUGCCACGAAAUUGUUGGACUACCCCGAAAUCAAAUAUAUGCAAUUUGAUGUGGUGGUCUUCAAUCGGGCCCAUUGUGGCAUUCACAGGAAAGAUUAUGAGGGAUCUGUUAUUAGGUAUCUACUUGUUUUAGAAUAAUCUCUCUCUGUGUGUGUGUAAUAUUGACUCCGGUAAGAUGAUUUUAUAUAUGUAGUGGUGUGAUAUAUGUAUAUGAUUUUGUAGACGCAAUCAACGCCUCAUCAAAGAGUUUGUGAACAAUGUAAGUAGGUUGCUCAAACUCAACGGCGAACUGCAUUUGAGUGUGAAGACAAAUCCUCCUUUUGAUAAGUAGAAGGUUGAAGAAUUAGCUGAAGAAGCUGGACUGCGCCUAAUAAAGAAGGUGGACUCUGUUGGCUGAAUACCCUUUCUACAUCAAUCGGAAAGGGUCCAAACAUGCAGCCGAGGAGACGUUCUGCAAUUGGAAUACGUUUACCUUCGUUUUUGGUAAGAAAGUAAUUUUUUUAUUACUUACAAAGAGAGUAAUUUAGUCCAAGAAUUCCCAAAACACUACUUCUAAAUUCCAAUAGAAGCAUUAGUAACUGACAAAGCUCAAUCAAAGUAACGAGGAUAUUAUAUCUGUGCGGAUUUGCUAAUUCUCUGUGUUCCAUUUCAGGAUCGUGAAUCCUAUACGA